AUGGUAGCGAUUAUUCGUGCUGCGACAGCACGUCAACAGCAAUCAUUUAAUGCAGAUACUAUAGUUGUACCUGGUACUGUAAGCAAAAAGAAUGG